CUUGCUCCCGGACCGCAAGGAUGUGAGGCUGGCGAGCCAGUUACCGCUCGCAGCACGGGACGGGCGCGCCGCCAGGGCCCGCAGCAGACCUCGGGGACCUCGGGAGCGGAGUCGGACACCCCCGGAGGGAAGAAAUGAGACUCUUUGCCCUCGUCCUUGUCCUGGCUGGGGUAAAUCUGUGCGCGCUUUCCUCCUCCCUCCGCCCCCUCGCAGCUGAAUAUUUUCGUCUCUUUUAAAAUUUGUACCCGUACCCCCUUCGGCGGGGUCCCUGAGCACGAUACUCCCUAACCCCCUCUCUACCACUGGGCCACUCCCAGCAGAGUUUUAUUUUUCUGCCUUGCCCGGGCCGAGCCCGGCCGGGGCGGGUGGCUCAGCGGGUCUUGUACCCCGCGCUCCGCCGCCGCCGCCCAGCUGCGCGGGGGCGCCCUCCGGAGAUGCUGCCGUGGAAGAAGCACAAGUUCGAGCUGCUGGCCGAGGCGCCGCCACGGCAGGCGUCCAAGCCCAAGGGCUACGCGGUGAGCCUGCACUACUCGGCGCUCAGCUCGCUGGCGCGGGCGUGCCCCGAAGGCGCGCUCAGCCGGGUGGGCAGCAUGUUCCGCUCCAAGCGCAAGAAGCUGCACAUCACCAGCGAGGACCCCACUUACACCGUGCUCUACUUGGGCAAUGCCACCACCAUCCAGGCGCGCGGCGACGGCUGCACUGACCUAGCGGUGGGCAAGAUCUGGAGCAAGAGCGAGGCGGGUCGUCAGGGCACCAAGAUGAAGCUGACUGUGAGUGCGCAGGGUAUCCGCAUGGUGCACGCCGAGGAGCGCGCGCUGCGCCGCCCGGGCCACCUCUACCUGCUGCACCGCGUUACCUAUUGCGUGGCAGACGCGCGGCUGCCCAAGGUCUUCGCCUGGGUAUACCGGCACGAGCUCAAGCACAAGGCGGUAAUGCUGCGCUGCCACGCGGUGCUGGUGUCCAAGCCCGAGAAAGCGCAGGCCAUGGCCCUGCUGUUGUACCAGACGUCGGCCAACGCACUGGCGGAAUUUAAACGGCUCAAGCGGAGGGACGAUGCGCGUCACCAGCAGCAGGAGCUGGUGGGCGCGCACACCAUCCCGCUAGUGCCGCUGCGCAAGCUGCUCCUGCACGGACCCUGCUGCUACAAGCCACCGGUGGAACGCAGCCGCAGCGCGCCCAAGCUGGGCUCCAUCACCGAGGACUUGCUCGGCGAACAGCAGGAGCAGGAGCUGCAGGAGGAAGAGGAAGAGGAGCACACGGAGGGCUGCCUGGAGGAGGAGGAGGAGGAGGAGGACGAGGAGGAGGAGGAGGAGGAGGACGAGGACGGUGCUGAGGACGGACACCCGGCAGUGGAAGAGGCCAAGGCGCAGCGGGCGCUGGUGGUGGCUAUGCACUUGGAAUGCGGGGACUUGCUGGACACGCUGGAGAGUGGCCGCGAGGAGGCGCUAGGGGGCGGCGGGGUCUCCCUGGGCCCUGGGGCUGGGCCGUCGCCUCUGCUGCUGGGCAGCGCCUCCGACAUGAAGGCCGAGCUGUCCCAGCUUAUUAACGACCUGGGAGAGCUCAGCUUCGGCAACGACGUGCGCAGCCUGCAGGCCGACCUGCGGGUGACGCGCCUGCUGUCCGGCGAGAGCACCGGCAGCGAGAGCUCCAUCGAAGGCGGGGGCCCGGACGCCACCUCUGCCACCGCCGGGGACCGGUCGGGCCCUACUGACGGCGCCAACCCAGAGGAGCCCCACUCGGGUUGAGACCUCAGCAGCCCCCUGCGCGCGCCCCUGGCGCCCCGCCGUGACUCCCCACCCGUCUUUUGGACAGCCCCCUUCUCCUGCCUUCCCCGCCCGCCCCCAGGAAAGGGGAAACGGGACACUUGAGGCCCAGAGUUACCCUGGCCCUCUCCUGCAGCACAUUUGGCUCUGUUAGAAGCGGGGCUCAGGUUGCGCGUGGAGAUGUGCGAGGGGGCAAAGUGCACGGAGGGAGAGAGAGGCAGGGCCCUGGGGGCCGGGGGUGGGGGUGGUGAGGGAAGGGCCCGCUGGUUAGCCAAGUCCUACCGGCCAGGGAUGCCUGUCUGCCGGCCAGUUUCCUGUUUGUGGGGCAGCUGGGGCCUGAGGAGGAGGGGUUAAUUUCCUCCCCUGACAGACCCAAUAACAGGGAGCCGCCUAGCGCUGUCACUGACUUGUCAUUAAAAAACAUUUUUUUUUUCCUGCUCUCACAACGUUCGAGGCUGAAAUGCCACCUCCUUGCCCCCAGUCUUUUUGGUGCGAGAGCUUGGGUUGUUUACCUCAGACUCAGACCCUUGAAAUUCUGCCAAAUUCCUCAAAUAACUGUUUGGGGGUGGUGGUGGUGGUGGGGGGGAAAUGAAAAAAAGUUGCAUUUUGUUUACAGUUAAAGACAUCUAGUAUCUUUAAAAAAGGAGUUUUCCUUUAAAAACACACACACCUCCCUCCUGCUCAAACGAUCUCCCUCCAUGAUACUGUGUAACGUAUUUGCACUGUUGUGAAGUAUUUUUGACAUUUUUUUUUGUACAUAACUGUGUUCUCGGAGUUAAAUGUUUUUAUCUUUUGCUGUGCAAAAGGGACAUGUAAAAUGUUGUUCAGUUGUACAUACAGAAAUGUGUAUAAAACAUUUUGUUAUUUUCUAAGAGUAGCACUGCUCUGGUUCUGUUUGUACGCCAGUGGGGAGAGAAUAAAGAGGACAAUUCACGGAACAGG